AUGGGUCGCAUGCACUCCAAGGGAAAGGGUAUCUCCGCCUCGGCUCUGCCUUACCGCCGCACUCCCCCCUCGUGGCUCAAGACCACGCCCGAGGAGGUUGUUGAGCAGAUCACCAAGCUCGCCCGUAAGGGUAUGACGCCUUCGCAGAUCGGUGUCCAGCUUCGUGACUCGCAGGGUAUCGCUCAGGUGCGUUUCGUCACUGGUAACAAGAUCCUCCGUAUCCUCAAGUCGCAGGGUCUUGCUCCUCAGAUCCCCGAGGACCUCUACCACCUGAUCAAGAAGGCCGUUUCGGUUCGCAAGCACCUUGAGCGCAACCGCAAGGACAUGGACUCCAAGUUCCGCCUGAUUCUCAUCGAGUCGCGUAUCCACCGUCUCGCUCGUUACUACAAGACCAAGGGUGCUGUCGCCCCUACCUUCAAGUACGAGGCCGCUACCGCUUCCACCCUUGUUGCCUAA